CCAAUAUAACUGAAUAGACACAUAAUGGUCUUAAAGGUGUUUAUCCUGUUAGCUGUUGCUAGUUGUGUUGUUCAUGGUCUACCACGACGUGCUGUAUCAGAACAAAAGAUAACUAAUUAUUUUGAUGGAAUCGAACAGGCUGUUAAACAACCUAAGAAUGAAAAAAGAGGAGAGCAUCUAGAGGAAUAUGUAUGGCCAUAUCCCUCGUACGAAUUCUCAUACAAGGUCCUAGAUCCUCAUACUCAUGAUAUCAAAGGACAGCACGAAUUGAGAAAACAUGACAAAGUCAAUGGAGAAUAUUGGCUUGAACAACCGGACGGACGUACAAGGACGGUAAAAUAUCAUGGAAAUGGCAAUAUUGGAUUUAAGGUUCUUGUUGACUAUUCCAAAACAAAAUCUAAUGAAGGAAAUAAAGAGGCUGAAGGAAAAUCUCAGGAAGAGAACGAAAAUAAAAGUGAAGUGAUGACAAGUAACGAAGAAGCAAACGCAGAGAGUAAUGAAGAAAAUAAUAAUAAUUCAAACCAGUCAGGACAAGAGGAAGAAGACACUUCUAUGCAAAAUAAUAAUAAUGACAGUAAAAAAGGAACUCAAGUACGAGGUGGAAAUAGAAAUGCCGAACGUACUAAGAAAAACCGAAAUGAAGAAGCUUCUUCAGGUGAACAAAAUUCAUCAAAUGAAGAUCAAAACACAGCUCAACGUCAAAGAAAUGAAGUAGACACAAAACGUGGUAAACCAAAAACACGUCAGAAUAGUAGCAUGAAACAAAGUAAAAAUCGUGAUCAAGAGGCAAAAUCAGAAAUAAAGCCAAAAGAAAAGUGGAAUCAUCGUCAUUGGCCAAAAAAGGAAAAAAAUAUGGAGAACAACGAAGGCAAGCAACAACAAGCAGCAAGCCAAGAAAAUGGCAGUAGUGAAGGAAAUAAUGAAAGUGGCCAGAUAAAAGAAGUUGCAAAAAGUAGCCGCCAAGGUAAAUCUCAAAAAAAUAAUAAAGCAAAAUCUAACGCGGCAACGAUGGAAAGUGAAAUGAAUGAAAAACAAAAUGGUCGUCAAAACAAAAAGAAUCAAAUGGGAAAUUGGCAUUACCAAAGAAUUAAACCUUACAAAGGCUACCAAGUAAUCGAAAAUGUAGAUGAAGGUGAAAAUAGUAAAAAUGAAGAGGAAAAAAAUGAAUCACAAAAUGAAAACGGAUCAAAUAAUAGUGAGGAGGCUAAUGCCAGUAAUGGAAGUUCUCAAAAUGAGGAAAGUACUGCAAACAACAAUGAAAAUGAAGAAUCUCAAGUCAGCGGAGAAAAAAACAGUGAAGAAAAAUUCUACAGCUAUCAUACAGUAAUACAUCAUAAAUGA